UCUCAGAACGCAUGUGCGGCAGCCGGAAUGGCUGGCAAGGAUUGGCGAGCCGCAGGAUAGGCGGAACGCUCAGGGUUUGGUUUUGGGCGGGAAUUGGAACGGCCGCGGCGGCUGCCUGCUAGGGCCUGAAAGCUGCAGGUUUCCAGCCUCGGAGGGGACCAUGGUGCGGCCUGCGAGGCAUAAGAAGCCAGUCAAUUACUCCCAGUUUGAGGAUUCUGAUAGUGAUGAUGAUUUUGUUCCUGCAACCGCACCAUCAAAUAAGAAAUCCAGAAUAACACAAAAAGAGUUGAAACUAGAAAAACCAGAACCUAAGCUGAAGAAUCUCCAGGAAAAAGACAUCCCACUACAAGAGAAACCCCCUAAAAAAAGUGGAGCACUCUUGACCACCUUGAACAGGAGGCAUGAUGAUCUGUUUACAUGGGAUAAUUAUUCCAGGACUUUCUUUCCUACCUCCUCAUUAACUGCAGACUCUGAGGGCACUUCUAGUGUCCUGUCUCAUGCAGUGCCUCACACAGAGAUGGCUUUGGACGACAAACUCUACCAGAGAGACCUAGAGGUCGCACUGGCUUUGUCGGUGAAAGAGGUUCCAGCCAUCACCAUUGAUGUGGAGCAGUCUCAAGGCUUUGACAAACAUAGCAAGAGGAAAACAGAAGCAACGAGUAAGUCUCCUCGUGUCUCCAACUGCAGUGUAGCCAGUGAUUAUUUAGAUCUAGAUAAAAUCACUGAGGAGGAUGAUUCUCAGGGCACUCCACAGAGAAGGAAGGCAGCCUCCCAAGCCGUGGUCCAGCAGAGGAAGAUUCUCUUGGAAAACAGUGAUGAUGAUGGAGCUGACGACUCUGAGCCAGACUUUGCAGCUGGUGAAGACUCUGAGGGUGACUCUGAUUUUAGUGGGAGUGAAGACGAUGAAAGCUUCACCGUGAGAAAAAGUAAAGUUAAAGAAACCAAACGGAAAGAAGUAAAGGUGAAACCUCCAGCCGAAAAGAAGGCGAAGCCUAAACCCAAGCGUGGUGCUGGGGUGACUUCAGUAGACUGCACUCCAGCUGCCGUCAAGUCAGAAUCUCGGUCCUCACCAAGAAAGGGUUCUGUCUCUUCAGAGGCCAGUAGGAUGCCUUCACAGAUACUCAGUCCUGCAGCAGAAAGCACGAGACCUAAGUGGGUCCCACCAGCCAUGUCCGGAAGCAGCAGCCGUAGCCCCCUGGCAGGAGUGGCCGUGAAAUCUCCGAGUCAGAGCCUCCGCCUCGGCCUGUCCCGCUUAGCACGGGUUAAACCUCUGCAUCCAAACUCCACCAGUAGCUGCGUGUAGCCACAGGAGGAUAUUUGAUUAAGAAGCUCUCAUUCAUAUAAGUGGGUUUAUAUUUGAGGAGGGAAUUGUAAUAUAAAGGAAUCCUUCAAUGUCAUGUAAAUUACCUGUACCUGUUUUGUGACUAUUCUCUGCAAAGCUUCCUGAGACUUCAGCAAGAGUUUUGUUUAUGUGAAUUCUCUUGGAAUGUCCUUUCCUUCUGAAGAGCAUAUUCUCCCCCCUCAGUGGAUAUAAGCGGUCACUGUCAUCACUGUGUCAGUGUGACACGGAGGAGGUCCAUGUUACUCGCUGCUCAUUGCCAGUAACAGGAUGCUGCUUCCUGCCUUUGUCGAGUUGAUGGUACCUGAACGUCGUGUGCAGAGUUUAUCUCGAAAGAGGAAGAUUCCCACUUCUCCCAGGGAUGUUUCUACACUGACAACUACUGUCAGUUUUAUUGCCACGAUGUUUCAUACUUUAGCCAAAUAUUUUUAUAAUAAGAAUUCAGAAUUAUUUUCCACAUUAAAGCAGUUGCUGUACUAUAGUGUAUGUCUCCUACCUAGAAGUAUUAAUAGAUGGUUAUGUUAUAGCAAAUAAAAUUUCGUGACAUUUCAUGAAGGCUUCAUUGUCAAAACCUUUGAUAAAAGUGGAAAAGUUUUGAUAUGCACUUUCCCUUGAUACCAUUGCAUCCAUCUGUCUCUAUCUACAUUUCAUGAUAAGUGCUCUACAAAAGAAAAAAGAAAGUUAUUCUUUUUGUUGUAAAUAGAAAGAGGAAGAGCUGUUUCUUAAAGUCAUCACUGUACAUGAAGCCCAUGUUUUAGCAGGUGGCUAUCAAGGUUGUCAUCCCUGUUGUAUUAGCAUAGCUCUUCAGGAAGCUUAGAUAUGCGUUCACUGUGAAUAAAAUAAUAAUAGAUGUUUUUUUAUUUACAGUGAAAAUUUCAACCAGCUCCUGAUCACUUUUUAAUAAAAAUUCUCUGAAUUUUAACCAUUAAAAAUGUAUAUAAUACCUAGUUCUUGGUUUAUGAAAUAUGUUAAUGUGAAAAGUAAUUCACACUUAUGAUUAAAGUGAACAUUUGCCUACUGCUGCUGUGUAUAUUUUUUCUUGUCUGGUAUAAAUUUUAUACUGUGGUGCAUCCCCAACCCACCCCACCUGGCCAGAAGCAUGCUUUCCAGGAACAUGGGGUUGAGGGACUCUGUAUGCUGCAGUUUAACAAUAAACACUAAGAGCUA